GUUUUAUACUUCGUGCACCUAAAUUUAGCUCUACUUGAUAUAUGAGCGAAAUGACUUGGUUGUCGACUACCGGAUAGCUUGUCAACAACAACACGAGUUCUGUUUCCUAACGUCACAUUGCAACUACUCAUACUACUCCUGCUCCUGUACCGGAUCACUGUCCAGGCAGCACGACAAUCUUUCUUGCUGCUUGGUCUACUAUUCCUUCUCUCACUUCCCGACCAGUCACAAUGUCUAUCACGAUCCUCCCGGUUGAGAUACUUGAUAUCAUCACUAAAGACCUUACCGUCAGGGACUUCUUAGCUCUCUGCAGCACUUGCAAGGCUCUACAUGACCCAAACAUACGCCUGGACGCUGGAUACUGGAGCCACGUGACGCAUGAACAGUUUCGUCUGCCCAAUCGACCUGCAGUCGAAGGCGACGGCAGGAAAUGGCAGAAGCUGUACCGCAGACUACAGACGCAGACCAGCGUCUUCACCUGGGGCAAGUCAAAUCGGGGCUGUCUAGGCCGACAAGGACAUGCACGCUGCAACCCAGUACCACUGCCCAUGAACAACAUCAAGGAGCUUGGGAUCAUUGCUGACAUGCAGUGUGGUGGAUGGUCGACCAGCUUUCUUACCUCUCGAGGAUUACUUUACGUGGCAGGGGUGCUGGAUGGGAUGACGGCGGAAUAUGCAGUGGAUGGAGUUGUUGCUAGACUCAAGUAUCCUGCGUCCGUGCCAGAUCCGCUGAGAAGAGAAAAUCCGAACAACUCUCUCGUAGCCAUCCGGCAGUUCUCGUCAGGCAGGAAUCAUAUUCUAGGGCUUUCAGACUCGGGUCGGAUCUGGACGUGGAAGUCUCAUGCAGAGCCAGCACUUCAAGUGAAGUUUCUUCACGCAGACACAUAUGAACAUCGAAAGGUCACGGCGCCUGGAGCUGUCAAACAGGUCAUGGCGGGCUGGAACUUCAGCUCAGCGUACGUGACCGGAGCCGGUAUCCUCUUGUGGGGGGUACAUCGUGGACAUACGGACCCGGAGGUUGAUACUGUAGUGCUCGAUGCUACGGCCGUCCCAUGGACGAGUUAUGAGUCAGCUAGGAAAAGCGAUCGCCAGACGGCGUGGAAGACGGAGGAUGAAGAGGAAAUUGUCGGCUCUGUCGUGACAUGGGUAUGCCUAGAGAACUACGUCGUGUUUCUCACGGAUAUAGGUCGUAUCUUUGCCUCCAGGGUCGAAUGGGACAACAUUUCUAUUGUUGUCGGCAACAGCUUCGAACUCAGGCCGCUCCGAAGCACGAACCCCUAUCCGACGUCCUGCGACGUCCAAGGCUCAUUCCGCUCCUUUGGAGUCUUCAUGAACGGCUCCGUCGCUGUGCUCCACCAAGAUUGGCUCGACUCGUACUCCCACGCACAGUGCGCCGUCCCUCCCAGUGCCCUCAUCCCCGCCCUCCAACAGUCGGGCGUACAACAGCUCGCAUUUGGCGACUACCAUUUCCACGCCCUCCACAGCGACGGCACAAUCACGUCGUACGGGAAGGAGCCAUCGGCAUGCGGUGCUCUCGGACUGGGAGGUGGGUGGAACAAGCCGUCUCGCACUAUCCGCGGCGUGCUGAACAACCACGACGCAGAGCUCAUCCCUGAAGCGCGCCAGACGGGCCGUCGGGUCUGGUUCGAGCCGGAGAAGCAGAAGUGGCUUGAAUUCCUGAGUCGCGGCGGGGCAGAUCCGGAUGAGUCGAAGGAGCGGCGGGAGGUGUUGAAGACGCGAGGAAAGGGGCUUGUGGAGCUGAGUGAGUGGGUUGAGCGGCGGGGCAGGAACUGGGAUUGGUUUGCACGGGGUGAUGACGGUGAUGGUGAUGGCGAGGAUGAGGAUGGGCUUGGGGCGUACUUUGCGCUCAGUGUGAGUGCGGCGGGGUGGUCGAGCGGGGCGUUGGUGCUGGUGAAUUCAGCGUUGACGGAGAAGAUGGCGGGGCGAGGGAGCUUUUGGGAAAGCGAGAGGUUUCCCAGACUGAGGCUGAGGGACGGCACGGAGAUGGCGGGGACGAUUGAGGUGAGCGAGUGGACGGCGUGAGGUUGGAUGGAGAGUGACUGUUAUGCAGAGUAGUGAAUAGAGAGAAGAAUAUACGAUAC